AUCAGCGCCUACAACAACUGGGGCGUCGUCCGGCCGUUCCUCGAGAGCCUCCUCGCGCACGCGCCGCGCCGGCGUCGUCGAAGCCCGGGGCGCCUUCGGGUGGCCCGCGGGCGCCCCCCAGCGCUACCGCAUCGUACCUCCCGCAGGCACCGCACCUACCCGAGCUCGUGUGGUUCGUCGCCGACGCGCGGCACGCCGGCGACGCGGCGGUGGCCGCCGUCCGCCGCGAGUUCGCGGCCGUCGCGGCGCGCGCGUCGACGACGGCCGUCGCGACCGCGUCGCUCGACGAUCUGCGGGCCGUGAUGCCCUACGACAUCAACGAGCUCGCGUUCCGCUACGGCCUGAAAUGCUUCAGCACGGCCGUCAAGCCGUGGGUGUUCCGGCUCCUGUUCGCGCGCGGCCACGCGCGCUGCCUCUACUUCGACCCCGACAUCCAGUUCUACGCGGAUCUUGACGAACUAGUUUUACGACUACAUCGCGUCGCGAUCCUCGUCACGCCGCACGUCACGCGGCCGAACCCCGACGACGGAAAGUGGCAGACGGACCUCCAGCUCGCGCGGACGGGCGUCUACAACUUUGGGUUCCUCGGGCUCUCCCGGGCGCACGAACCGGUGCUGGACCACUUCCUGGCGUGGUGGGCCGCGCGGCUCCGCUUCGAGGGCCACGUCGACUUGGAGAAAGGGCUGCACUACGACCAGCAGUGGGGCGCCUUCGUGGCGUCGUUCUACCCGCCGGACGCGUACCACGUCCUGCGGGACCCGCGCUACAACGUGGCCUACUGGAACCUGCACUACCGCGGCCGCGAAAUCCGAGUCAGGCCCUCCGACGGCGCGGCGACGUACAAGGGCGCGCCCCUGAUCUUCGUCCACUUCUCGGGCGUCGCGACCGACGCCUGGGACCCCGACGCGUCGCUGAGUCCGCACCAGACCCGCUUCCGCCUCGGCGACUUCCCGAACCUCGCGCCGCUCUUCCGCGACUACGCGCGCGCGACGGCCGGCGCGGCCCGCCACCGCGCGGCGUGCCGCUACGGCCUCGCCGCCUUCGACAACGGCGCGCCCGUCCCGUACUGGCUCCGCGGCCUCCCCGGCUCGCUCGUCGCCGCCGGCCGCGCGCGCGCCCGCGGGCCCCCCGCGCCGGCCCGUGCGGAACUUUCCGGCUCAUGUCCUCCCGAAACGGUCGCGGUUCGCGCGGGAUGGUGGGUUUUCCGCGUGAUUAUGUUGAUUUCCACGCAGGCGCCGGCGCCGCCGUACGCCGAGGCGCUCGGCGCGCUCGACCUGUCGAAUCCCUUCGCGACGGCGCCGGCGAACUCGCUCUGGCGCUGGCUCCUGAAACACCGCCACGACGAACCGCCGACCCGCGCCGCCUGCGGCGACCGCGACUGCUGGUUCCCGAACGUCGUGCUCCUGACGCUCGACGCCUUCGGCGUCAGCACCCGGACGUUCCCGGCCGCGGCCGACGCGCGCGCGUUCUUCGCGCGCUUCGGCGCGCUCAUGGCGUGGGGCCUCGGGCAGCGCGCGAAUCAAAUUUCACGGCGCCUCCUUCCAUCUCGACGAGCGUCGGCGAUUGCUACGCGGCCCCUGUCGAGAUGGGCUCGUGCGACCCGGUAGCACGCAGGCCUCGAGGGCGGCCCCGGCGGCCGACCCACCUUCGCGCAGCGGCAGCUCGUCCGGGACUUCGUGCGGUCGGGCCAGAAGAACGCGGCGUCGUUCUGCUGCCGCGUCGCGCUCGGCCGGAGCUGCGCGAGCGUACCCGCGGCGCGCGCGGCGCUCGGCCGCGACCCGCGUCGCGUCUGCGGCGUCGUCGAAGCGCUCGUCAACGCGACGGGCCUCGACGUCUGGCGCGCCGCGCUCGCACGGGCGCCGGGCGACGCGUCGCGGCUCUACGCGCGCACCAUCGUCUGACUUUGGCUUCUCCGCCACGAGCUCUGACUCGGAGAACCCUCGAAAUCUUGGCAAUUGAGAGAUGAAUGCCGGGGUACGUCAUGACGCAGCCGCCGCGCAAGUCGCCGCGCGCAGGGGUCUAGCGAGCCUCGGAUUAGAUUCCUUCUCUAAAGCGCCGAGCGCGGUUCACGUUUCUUUUGCUUGUCUCCUUUUUGAGGCUUUCGCAAACGAUGCGCGUCCCUCCGUCCUCGAUUUCUAAUUUCUUUAGUCGA